AGCAGCUGAAUUUGAUCACCGGCGGUAAACAAGUACAGUCAACAUGGCUACCUCCGUGAGGAAAGCAGCCCACGACAUCGAAACGCGAAAGCGGACCGAUGAUGUGAUUCUGUCGGAGGGAAUCGACUUCAGCUCCCUGCUGCUCUCUCAGGCCGUGCUGGACGGACUGUCCUCCUCAGGCUUCCAGAAACCCUCCCCGAUCCAGCUCAAGGCGAUCCCGCUGGGCCGCUGCGGACUUGAUUUGAUUGUACAGGCCAAGUCUGGCACGGGGAAGACAUGCGUGUUCUGCACCAUCGCCCUGGACUCUCUGGUCCUGGAGAAUCCUGCAACUCAGGUUCUUGUUCUGGCUCCUACACGCGAGAUAGCGGUGCAGAUCCACUCGGUGGUGAUGGCCAUAGGCUGUGCCGUGGAGGGCCUCGAGUGCCAUGUUUUCAUCGGGGGCCGGCCUGUGAGUCAGGACAAAACCAAUCUGAAGAAGUGCCAUAUAGCUGUGGGCUCGCCCGGUCGUAUCAAACAGCUUAUCGAGCUGGACAUGUUAUCCACCGCCAGUAUCAGACUGUUUGUUCUGGAUGAGGCAGACAAGCUGCUGGAGGAGGGCAGCUUCCAGGAACAGAUAAACUGGAUCUUUUCCUCUCUGCCUGUGAACAAACAGAUGCUGGCACUUUCUGCCACCUACCCAGAAUCCCUGGCUCAGCACCUUACACGCUACAUGAGAGAGCCCACUUUUGUCAGACUCAACCCUAGUGACUUGGGCCUUAAAGGCCUGAAGCAGUAUUACAAGCUGGUGCAGUCCCAUCCUUUACCUCACAUGGUUUUCCAGGAGAAGGUGCAGCAUUUGCUGGAGCUUUUCAGUAAAAUCCCAUUCAACCAGGCCCUGGUGUUCUCCAACCUACACACAAGGGCUCAGCACCUGGCAGACAUCCUGUCCUCCAAAGGCUUACCUGCUGUUUGUAUCUCAGGUGGUCUGAGUCAGGACCAGAGACUGGACGCCAUGUCAAAACUGAAGCAGUACCAGUGCAGGGUGCUCAUCUCCACUGACCUCACAUCCAGAGGUAUAGAUGCAGAGAAAGUAAACUUGGUGAUUAAUCUGGACGUGCCGCAUGACUGGGAGACGUAUAUGCACCGAAUUGGACGCGCUGGCCGCUUCGGCACUCAGGGGCUGGCUGUGACCUACUGUUGCCAUGGUGAGGAGGAGAACAAGAUGAUGGCCAUUGCUCAAAAGUGUGGCCUGAGCUUGUCUACAUUGCCAUCCACCAUAGAGCCUGGGUUGAUGGAUGAGUCAUGUGACUGGGAUGUCUGCACUGAGGCGUCUACUCCAGGUCCCUUACCCCAGCCCUCCUACAGGACAGAGAAGAAGAAGAAGUGUGCCACGUCAGUCACGGAUGAUUCUCUGAAGCACAGCGGUCAAAGGAAGCUAGAGAAGACUCAUCCAGCACCCAAGCUGGAAGCACACGGCGAAGGGAAUCCUAGAAGAGCGUCUCCUGUAAAAGACACUCUCCCACAGCAUCCUCCUCAGGCGGUCCGGACUCGAAAAGAGCAGCAGGAGGCUCUGCCAAAGAUCCCUCCUCUCACCUCGUUCAAGAGUUGUAGGUCAAGGUUUAUGACCUUAGAGAAGGCUGAGCGGGACUUCCACAGCUUCAUUACCACAGGGUUGGGGAGAUCAGUGGAGGUCAUCAGGGAGUUCAGAGGGGGAGAGGACGGUGAUUGGCAUAGAGAGUGUAUCACGCUUAAUGAUGACAGUUCUCAAAUGUUCAAACAAAAUAGGCGGAAAUCUGACUUUUCACCUCCGAGGUCAGUUUCUGGUUCUUCAAGCUCGCAAUCUGACGAAGAUGAUGAGAAAGAUCAGACUCCAGGAGGGGGAUGCAGAGCAAUCACUAAGCCUCUGACUGAAGCCGGACAGACGCCUACUGUGUCCAAACCAAACGCAGAGUCCACUAGAUCCAACGCUUGUACUUCUUCUGCUCCCAAAAUGUAUCACCAGACAGCCUGCGCAUCAAGUGCGAGAGCUUCGUCUCAGCCUAAGAGCUAUGAAUCCGCACCAACGGUUAAAUCGAGCGGGCAUCUCGGUCAGAUGGCUCCAGCACAGAAUAGCAGAAGUGAAUCCAGAAAGGUUAAAGAAAAGGCUGGGAAACGGAGCAAAACUACUCCGGAGAAGAUGAACCGAGAGCCAAAGAGGGAAAGGGAUGAAGAAGAAUACGAUGAGGAUGAUGAAGAGGAGCCACGGAGCGCUGAAUCUUACUGGAGAGCCAGCUACAGAGCCUGGAACGAUUACUACGCCUCCAUGUCUCCUUAUCAAGAGCAAGGUUACCAAAGCUACUACAGUGUAGCCCACAACUGGAUGGCAGCGUAUCGUAUGAAUGCUGUCUACAUGGAAGAACUCAUGAAACGCUGACGUGUCUGUAAUGUUUAUCGAUUGUUUAUCAGGACGUCUAAUCGUGCUUUCUAGUCAGAAAUUGUGUCAGCAAUUUCCCCUGCAAAAAAUAAUCAAGUACAAAUGUUUGCUUUUCUGGUCUGACACAUUGCACUUACAAUAUAGUUAAUUUGUAUGUUUUUCCAUGAAUGUAUACCAUAACUGUCCCAAUUACUUUUCUAAUAAAUGACCAGUAUGGAGCAUGUA